AAUAUCACAAAUUUAAAAAUUAAAAAGGGUGAACCGUUGGUUUUCGCUGAAUGUUUGUUGUUAUAAAUGUUUUUAUAGAGUAAUAUUUAUUAUAUCAUGUUCGAUUCAAGGUGUUCUGAAAAUGAAGUAUCGAGGAGAGACAUACCUUCUUUUAUUGAACCUCGUCCCCCUUUGAUAUCGAACCCAUUCAUGAGACCUAGACCUCAGAAGGGAACGAAUUUAUUAGAAUUAUUUGAAGAGGAUUCUGAUUGUGAAGAGCCUGAGUUAGUGCAAGUGUAUCUUAGAUUAAAACCGUGCAAUACAGCCAGUAAUCUUUACGAAGUUCGAUCCGAUCGCUGUUUGAUAACAUCUUUGGAUACCACCACAGCAGGUCAUGGAAGACGAACUCAGCACAAUGUUUCGAAAAUGUAUACGUUUUCGCACAUUUUUGGAGCAGAUUCGAGUCAAAAGGAAAUAUUCGAGCAUGUCGUGAAGGAGAAUCUACAGAAGCUACCUGAAGGUAAUAGCUUUACUCUCCUCACAUAUGGAGCAUCUGGUUCAGGGAAGACAUAUACACUUAUGGGCACAGUUGCAUCUCCGGGCCUGGUGCCGAGAUCAUUAGAAUAUGUGUUUAAAAUUGUUGAAGCAGCACAAAGACCAUUGUUCAAGCCUUCUGAAUCUGGUGCUGAUAAACUGAGUCAUGCUGAGCAGGAAUAUGAAUUGCAGUGGGUAAAGAGACUGAGGCAGGUUUCUGCUCCCUCUAGAGACAAAUAUCGGCGAAUGAGUGCUCAGCUAUUUGGUGACCUCACAUAUAGUAAUCUAAACCUCUCUAAUAGAAACAGGCACUAUUUAUGGGUCUCAUUUAUAGAAAUUUAUAAUGAAGGGAUCUAUGAUUUAUUGGCCCCUGGUGACAGAAGAAAUGCUCCGAAGUUGGCUAUCAGAGAAGACUCAAGUGGCAAUGUGUAUGUUAAGGGAGCAACUCAAACAUUCGUUAGGUCGGGUGAAGAAGCUUAUGACAUAAUGGUAGCUGGUAAACACAACUUGCAAGUGGCCGCUACGGGAAUACAUGCACAAUCUUCACGGUCACAUUGCAUUUUCACCAUCACUAUGCUCACUGAAACACCGGAGGGCGUGGGGGGCGCGUGCGUGCGGCUGUGCGACCUGGCGGGCUGCGAGCGCGCGGCGCGCACGCGCAACACGGGCGCGCGCAUGCACGAGUCGCGCGCCAUCAACUCGUCGCUGCACGUGCUGGAGCGCUGUCUGCGCACGCUGCGCCGCAAGCGCGGCACCGCCCGCGCCGCGCUCGUGCCCUACCGGGAGUCUAAACUGACGCGGCUGCUGGGCGCCGGGCUGUCGGGAGCUCGCGGGGAGGCGGUGAGCAUGGUGGUGACGCUCAACCCGUCGCGGGAGUACGCGCACGAGACUCGGCACGUGCUGCAACUCGCGGCCGUCGCCCGAGACAUACAGAUCAACAAUACCUUAUCCGAUUAUCCCAGCACCUUGGAGAGCAGCACACAGGACAGCAGUUUCAACUACAAUUCAGAAGUGAUCAAACUGCGAACUGAAAAUGAACGCCUACACUUUGAAUUAGUCCAGGCUCAAGCUCGUAACAGAGAGCUUUCUGCGAAUAUGGAGCAACGUCAGGCUUCAGCCGCAGACACCAUGCGCGAGCUUGUGGAGGAAGCAAAGGAGAUCUCUAGGCAAUAUUAUGAGGAACAGAUGCAGGCAUUGCGAGUCGAGAUGGACGAAAUGGCCGAAGAAUAUGAGAAUAAACUUAGUUCAGUUAAACAUACUUCCAGCAGUGACACUCCAUCUAAAAUAUUGCAAAACAAGAUAACACAGCUGAUGACCGAAAUUGCAAUAUUAGAGGAGAAUUUAACCGCUGAACGCUUGGCUCGCGCAAGGGCAGAAGAGGAAGUUCAACAUCUGCGUGCAUGUAUUGAUGAAAGAGAUGAAAAAGCUGAUGAUCAAAAUCCCUCUAAUGAAGAUGUUAUGUCAGUGACUGAUAGUGAUAACACUGAUGAAGAAGAAGAUCCGUGUAACGAAAGUCUAGAACCGACAUUUAGGAAGGAGGACAUAAAUCGUUCUAGAAUGUUAAGACAAAGUUUUGUUAAUCAUACAAGUUUCAAUAGCGAACAUUCAGAAGAGGUCAGUGAUUUAGAUAAAACCGGAGAUACUCUGAAGGAGGAAGAUGAAGGCAAUGAAAGUCAUGAUAAUGAUUGUACUUAUGAGACUAGUAAAGAUAUAAGUGUGAAUAGAGCAGACAGUGGAUGCAUUAACGACCCUAUGAGUGAGAGCAGUGAUACGUUACCCGAUAGCAAAGAAUUGCAGGAGGUUAAGAAGUCAUCCAGAGGUACAUAUUUUAUUGAAGAUAAAGUAAAUGAUAUGAAAGAUAUUCCCUCAAGAGCCAGUUCUUUCAGCAGAGCUACUUUUUCAAUCAGCAGUGCAGAUAAUAGUGUUUCUGAGUGCAGUAGAGAUUCUGAUGAUCAAGAUGACGUUAAAAAAUCGCUUGGAUCAGAUAAACUUACAAAAUCUGAUGAGAUUUUAUUAGAAACAGUACCUGAUGAUGCUCUUGAACUUAAUAAAAAAUCGGGUAUAUUUAUAAAUAAAAUUAUAAGCUGUAAUAAGAAAUCGUGUGAUGGUAACAACUCUUUAGCUCAAUUCGAAAGCUUGGAGUUAGCUGCAAAUGCAUUUAAUUCUGACGCGGAACAAAAUGUAGAUGAUAGGUAUUAUUCUGACUUUAAAGUUGUAAACGAAAAAAGAAAUUACUUUGACGAAGAAUCUACAAAUUUAUCACCGAAAACACCAGCUACUGUAGUCAAAUCGAAAGAUAAGAAAAUAUACUUCAAUAACAUUGACAUUAUCCGCUCAAAUAAAAAACAUAUCGACAUUGAAGGUAAAAAUCAAACUGACGAUUACCGGUCACCGCCAAUUGUAAAAGACGAAGUGACUAAUGAUUUUGAACCAACUAUGAUAAAGAAAUUACUAGGAGAAAGUAUCGCUAGACAAGCUGAAGGUAUGAGUUCUGUACAUAAAUUAAGACUAACAAAAAAAUAUGACUCUAUUGACAUGUUUGAAGGUCUUGAUUCACCACAAGCUUUUAAUGAAGUAAAAAACAAGGAAACUGUUAAAAAUAUUAAAAACCCUGUCGAGGAUCAUGUAAUGGACGAUAAAGCUCCUCUGAAGGCAGAAACUCAAAUUAAAGUUGAGAGAAAAUCAGAAACUGAAAUAAAAGAAGAAGCAGCAAUAUCUGAACCAUCACUUGUAGAUGAAAUUAUUGAAACAUUGCCAGAAAAACUAAAAGUGCAAGAAGCUUCUUCUGAUAUUACUGAAGUAGAUGACAAAAUCGUUUCAAAAGAAAACGCACCUGGAUUUGUAGUAAAUGAUGAAUCUCAAUUACAAAUAAACGAAACAAAAGUAGAUAACACAAUUGAAGAAUUUGAGAAUAUUUACAAAGAUGUUUCAGCACCACGUGAUACAGAAUUUGAUUUACUUAUAUCCCAAAAUGUUCAGGACACUACUGCGGAUACUAACACUAAUAAUGAUGAAACAUCUGAAGCAGAUGAACUUAAGUAUAAUUUGCGGCAUAAAUCUAAAAUCGAAAAACCCAAGAAUGAGAACAAAAGGGGAAAAAAUAAGAAUACCGACGAAGAGGUAAUCAUGGAAAGCCUUUCAAAGUGUGAAAGUAAACCAAAGCCGACGAAAAGAAAUUUAAGAUUACGCAGACGUAAGAAUGCUUCCGAAGAAGAAGCUGAUUUGCAGAAAGAAAAUAAAUUAAAAGAUAUAGUUAAUCUUCAGACUGAAUUUUCCGAUGUUACAAUGGACAUUCCAGCUGCAAUAAAACAAAGUAAAGAUAUACCUUCGCCCGAAAGAAUGGCGGAUGACGAAAAUCAACCACCUAUGUUUGGCAUACAGAGCUGUCCAUCUAAAAGCAUUACAAGAAGCCGUAGAAAGCUGUUCACACCGCGGGCGGAACCCCUCGAAGAGAGCUUGAAUCAAACAGGAGACAGCAACGAACGAGUAUACGUUCCGCGACCCUCUUACCACCGACCCAGAGCUCGUCGCAAGCUUUAAGUCAAAUGACUUGAUGUUUAUUAUAUUAUUAAAAAAAUAAAAGCUUUUCUUUUAAUACUCAAUGAUUUCACAUGACUGCAAUAGUAAAUUCCAUAGUUAAUAAAUCAAGUCGCAUUGAGGUACAAAAAUGAAUCAUUCAAUGUAUUUAAUUUAAUUAAUAAAAUUAUAC